AUGUACGGCCUCACCACCGUCGCCACCACCGCGCUCCUUGCCGCCUCGGCCCUUGCCGCGCCUGCCGCCACCAUCGACGGCACCGAGUCCUGCACCAGGACCUCAACCCGCGUCACCACCUUCAACGUCAAGGACUUUGACUUCCACGCCAGCUGGACCUUCAGCACGCCCGCGCACCAGAUCGCCGGCGGCUACGUCAACUUCACCCUCGGCAACGCCGCCCUCCCCUACGUCUACACGUGCAGCGCCGCCUCCACUCAGCUCGAGGACUUUUACUACGGCAACUUCAUCUACAACUGCACCGACCCGACCGGCCGCCAGACCCGCGAGGGCACCUUCACCUACUCUCGCCCGACCACCACGCUGGCGAUCAACCAGACCUGGGAGUGCCCCGAGGGCAGCCGCUUCUGGGCCGAGGGCGCGGCCAAGCUCGACCUGCACUGCAACGAGACCAAGUGGCAGAACCCCAACUGGCAGCCCGGCCAAAUCUACUCGUCGCGCAGCGUCACCUGCGACAAGCUGACACAGCCCGUGCCCAUCACCAACAUGCGCGCCGCCGCGUAG